GUAUGUGUCCACGUACUCUAGAACAAUCGCCAACAGUACGUGCAUUGUUGCAAGCAUUGAAUUAAUUAGAAACGUAAACGUCACUUGAGGUGUUUUGACAUUUCCAUGGAAUCCAGAAAUAUCUCCUAUCUGAUCCCUUUCAGAAACAUAUGAUAUGAGGUUAUGUAUGAGAACUGAAUUAGCUAUUUCCAUGGAAUUCAGAAGUAUCUCCUAUCUGAUUAUCCCCUUCAUCUUCCUUGUUUCUUGUUCCUCUGCACAAACUUGGAUAAGAGCCGGUUACUGGUACGCCGGCAGCGAGUCUCCUAUACCGGAGAUAAAUUCUGCCUUGUUCACUCAUCUUAUCUGUGGUUUUGCUGAUGUGAAUUCCUCCACCUACCAGCUCUCCAUCCCUUCUGCUCAUGUCCAAUACUUUUCGAGCUUCACAGAUAUUGUCAAGCGAAAGAACCCGUCCACCAUCACACUCCUAUCCAUCUGGAAUGGACUGGCUGAAAGAAGACGAGCGAAGUUGGGCGGCGAGAACGCUAACUUUUCAGUCAUGUCCUCAAUGCUCGAAAAGCCUUCUAAUAGAAAGUCUUUCAUUGAGUCUUCCAUCAAAAUGGCAAGGCGUUAUGGAUUUCAGGGUAUAGACUUAAACUGGCUGUGGCCUAACGAAGCCUCCGAUAUGAUCAACAUUGGUAAGCUGUUGGACGAGUGGCGAGCUGCUGUGACUUAUGAGUCGAGAAACUCAAGUCAGUCACGGUUAAUGUUGAUAAUGGCCGUUCGUUACUUGCCUGCUUUUGAAUCGUUGAUUUAUCCAAUCGAAUCUAUGAAGAGGAAUUUGGACUGGGCGCAUGUUGUGGCGUAUGACUAUCAUCUGUCUUCGAAGGAGAAUGUUACCGGUGCUCAUGCUGCUUUAUACGACCCUUUAAGCCAUGUUAACACCGAUUAUGGCAUAAGGCAAUGGUUUAACUACUCGUUUCCUGCUAGCAAACUCGUUUUGGGUUUGGCUUACCACGGCUAUGCAUGGACACUUGCGAACCCCGAAGACAAUAAUGGCAUCGGGGCACCUGCAUCUGGCAUUGCUGUGACACAAGAUGGAUCCGUGAACUAUAAGUACAUCAAGUGGUACACACGAAGCUACCGAGCUCCCAUAGUGUAUAAUGCUACUUACGUCGUUAAUUACUGUGUCAUAGGAUCGAGUUGGGUUGGUUUCGAUGAUGUGGAAGCUAUCAGAGCUAAGAUUGCAUAUGCCAAGGAGAAGAAGUUACUCGGUACCAAUGUGUUUCAAGUCAACAAUGACGAUGAAAAUUGGGCACUUUCUCGGGCAGCUCAAGAGGAAGGAAAUGGUCAUGAAAACAAGCGGCGAUUAUUGCUUAUAAUCUUGCUUCCAAUUACUUCGAUCGUAAUUCUUAUAGCCAUUGUGGUGUGCUACUUGCAGAGAGAACCAUUGAAGACAAGAGGGACAAUGAUUCUAGGCAAUUCAAGAGCAUCAGAUCCUCCAAAUCUGCAAGCAUUCAGCUUUUCCAAGAUCAAAGCAGCAACAAAUAAAUUUUCAAGCGAAAACAAGCUUGGAGAGGGUGGGUUUGGUCCCGUUUACAAGGGUAAACUGCAGACAGGACAAGAAAUAGCGGUGAAAAGACUUUCAAAAACAUCAACUCAAGGACUUGAGGAAUUUGGAAAUGAGGUUACACUUACUGCAACACUACAACACGUGAAUCUAGCUCGGGUUCUUGGAUUCUGCAGUGAGAAGGAAGAAAAAAUGCUGAUCUACGAGUACAUGCCAAACAAAAGCUUGGACUUCUACCUUUUCGAUCCUACCAGACAGUAUCUCCUAGACUGGAGAAAGCGUGUGCACAUUAUCGAAGGCGUUACUCAAGGACUCCUAUAUCUUCAAGAAUACUCAAACUUCACAAUCAUUCACCGAGAUCUAAAGGCUAGCAAUAUUUUGCUUGACAAUGAGAUGAAUGCUAAAAUUUCAGAUUUUGGAAUGGCCAAACUUUUCGGAAAAGAUGAACUUGAAGGAAACACAAGCCGGAUUGUUGGAACAUACGGCUAUGUUCCUCCUGAAUACGUAAAAAAGGGCAUAUACUCUAUGAAGUACGAUGUCUACAGCUUUGGAGUUCUACUUUUGCAAAUGAUUAGCGGACGGAAGAGUACAUGUUACUAUGGUCCGAACGAAAGUCAGCACCUCUUGGAAUAUGCAUACACAUCGUGGAAAGAGGAUAAAGGACCGGAAUUUAUUGAUCCAUCACUUGACGAUUCUUCUACUUCUUUUAAACUGUUGAGGUGCUUGCAAGUAGCUCUACUAUGUGUCCAGGAAAAUCCCGACGAUAGGCCUACAAUGUUGGAAGUCUAUUCCAUGCUCAAAACUGACACUCAAGCCGUUCCUAUUCCUACAAAGACAGCUUUCUCUGGAAAAAGUGAUAGAGAUAAGGAAAGCGUAUCUACAUCACAGAAAGGAAGCUGUUCAGUCAAUGACGCUCAGAUUUCCGAACUGCAACCUCGAUAAAAAUGCAGGCUCGAAUGAGAGGUGGUGUAUUCUUAGGCUCAAGAAUGUGGUGUAUUCUUAGCUAAUUUCUGGACAAGUUUCUAGCAAAUAUUUUUUUCCUUCUCUAUAUACAACAAGCUGAAAGUAAUACGCGCUGUUUAAUCUAAAUUCUGUGUGGAUUCUGAAA